CACUCCCAGGCAGCACAACUGUUUACACCACCAGACCAGCCACAACCACAGUUGUUUCGACAUCAUCACUGUUUACCCCAACUCCAACAGUAUGUGUCUGCAUUGUCAAUGGGAUUUCAUAUCGUGCUGGGGAAAUGGUGUACAAUGUCACUGAUGGCUUAGGGUGGUGUUUCGUUGCAUAUUGCAGUGCAUCUUGUAAAGUUGAGAAGCAAAACAGUUCAUGUCCCACAACGUCGGCACCCAGCACGACCCCACAUCCUACCACUGCAGAGACCACAGCUGCUUCCACCACAACAUCCCCACUGACAACCACCCUCGACUGCAAUGACGUGAAUCCACCAAGAAAGAAUGGAGAGUCCUGGGAUGUCAACAACUGCACCACAGCUUCCUGCAUCAAUGGCAAGAUCACGGAGACAUCUACUCCCUGUCCCACAGUAAAUAAACCCAUCUGCGCCAAUGGACGCCAAGUUGUUAAAGUUUAUGAUGACAAUGGGUGCUGCUUCCACUAUGAAUGUGAAUGUGUGUGCACUGUCUGGGGUGAAUCCCACUACAAGACAUUCGAUGGAAAAUCAUACAGUUUCAAUGAGAACUGCUCUUACUACCUGGUCAAAGAGAUAAUUCCUAAAUAUAAUCUGACUAUUAUACUAGAUAAACAUGACUGUGAGUCUUCAGACAGCACAUUCUGUCCACAGACUCUCACUGUUACAUACGAAUCAGACAAGGUGGUUUUGACUCAGUCUGAGACUUCAGGAGCAGUAACUAAUGCGGUGUAUGUGAAUAAGAAACGUAUCUAUCCUGCAUACAGAAAUUCUGUGCUACAGCUAACAAGCACAGAUAUGGUGAUCACCCUGACGAUACCGGAGAUCGACACAGUAGUGGUCUAUAGAGGCUCCUCAUUCACCAUCGAACUCUCUUAUUCCAUCUUUGGUGGGAAGACUGAGGGACAGUGUGGGAUCUGUGACAAUUCCCAAAACAACGACUGUCGUUCUCCAAACGGACAUGUGGAAAGCUGCUCAGACACAGCAGGACAGUGGCAUGUCCCAGGCACACCCUGUGUCACACCCACACUACCACCUACUUCAAAACCACCUGGGUCCACCACAAAACCAACAACAACACCGAUUAUUUGCAAACCUGCCAUUUGUGAUAUCAUAUCCAGCAGUGUUUUUGGGGCAUGUCACGAAGUCGUACCCCCAGCACCAUAUGUGGAAUCCUGUAGAUUUGACAUUUGCAAGAAAAACAUCACCUGCUCUAGCCUGGAGGCCUAUGCCACCGAGUGCUCUAAUGCAGGAGUCUGUAUCGACUGGAGGAAUGCAACCAAUGGGCAGUGUGAGCACAAGUGUCCAACUAACAAGGUGUACAAGGCCUGUGGCCCCACUGUAGAGCCCACAUGCAAUAACAGAUACAACCAAAAGUACCAGGAUGGAUCUACUAACAACACUAAGGAGGGUUGCUUUUGUUCUCAUGGCACCAUCUUGUUCAACACAGUCUAUGACACAUGUGUUACCUCCUGUGAUUGCGUUGGACCUGAUGGAAAACCCAAACAGCCUGGGGACUCAUGGACAAGUGGCUGCAACACCUGUAUGUGUGACAAGGAUUCAAUGAGCAUCCAGUGUGAGCCUAUUAAGUGCCCUACAGUAGAGAUCCCCGACUGCAGCGGACCUGGCCAGCAGCUGGUCAACAAGACAGAUGGCUGCUGCACAACACAGUCAUGUGAAUGCAAUGAAAACCUGUGUCCUGGUCCUAUGACCUGCCAGCUGGGCUUCCAAGUCAAGGCCGUCAACAGCACCAACAACACCUGCUGCCAAGCCUACCAGUGUGUUCCUAAAGAUGUAUGUGUCUACGAUAUGACGGAGUACAAGCCUGGUGAGAAGAUACCAACAUCAGAAACAUCAGAACCACCAUUAGUAGCACCAACAACUGCACCAUUAGGAUCUAGACCACCAUCAGCAACCACGGCAGCACCAUCAGGAGGUGGAUCACCAUCAGGUACCACCGCAGCACCAUCAGGAGGUGGAUCACCAUCAGGUACCACCGCAGCACCAUCAGGAGGUGGAUCACCAUCAGGUACCACCGCAGCACCAUCAGGAGGUGGAUCACCAUCAGGUACCACCGCAGCACCAUCUGGAGCUGGAUCACCAUCAGGUACCACCGCAGCACCAUCAGGAGGUGGAUCACCAUCAGGUACCACCGCAGCACCAUCAGGAGCUGGAUCACCAUCAGGUACCACCGCAGCACCAUCAGGGGGUGGAUCACCAUCAGGUACCACCGCAGCACCAUCAGGGGGUGGAUCACCAUCAGGUACCACCGCAGCACCAUCAGGAGGUGGAUCACCGUCAGGUACCACCGCAGCACCAUCAGGAGGUGGAUCACCAUCAGGUACCACCGCAGCACCAUCAGGAGGGGCAGAAACAACACAGGAGCCUACAUCACUGGAGUCUUUGAAACCCGGGCCCUGCCAGGAAUGUUAUUGUGGCCCUAAAGUGGAUCCCAUUACCAAGCUGCACAUAAUCAACUGCAAACCUAUUGUCUGCAACAAAUACUGCUCAGAAGGUUACGAAUAUGAGACUCCAGUUGACAAGUGCUGCGGGGAAUGUGUCCAGAAGAAAUGUAUUUUCACUGGACCUGACAACACAACACAUGUCAUUGAGGUCGACAGCACUUUUGUACCCCCUAGUGACAAGUGUGUGCAAUAUACCUGUGAGAAGAUCAAUGGACAGUUUGUUACCAAGGAGACUAAGACCAGCUGUCCUUACUAUAACCCCUUGGACUGUGAACCCGGCACUGAGACAACUGACACCAAUGGAUGCUGUAAAAGCUGUAAAGUGCGGAGCGUCUGUGAGGUCCAGAGUAAGCAGACAGUCAUUGAGGUGAACAACUGUAAGACCACACAUCCGGUCAACAUGACGUCCUGCGCUGGACACUGUGGUAGCUCAUCCAUAUAUUCAGCAGCAGCUAACAUGAUGAUGCACCAGUGUGAGUGUUGCCAAGAGGCCACCACCAGUAAGAAGGACGUGAAGCUGACCUGCGCUGACGGCUCUGAGAUCCAGCACACCUACACCGUAGUGGAGACAUGUCGCUGCAACAAAGCAGAGUGUGUGCCGGGGACAACAUCCGUCGAUAAGCGUCGCAGAAGACGCUAAUCAAUUACUUGCACUUACGACGGACUGAAAGCUUACAAACACGACGCUACACUUAACCUUUUCUUGUCACGUUAUAUUAUUUAUCGCUAAAUAUGUGCUCUUUUAUAGUGUCACAACAUACGACUGUGAUGUAAACUUCCUUAUUAGGAUUUCUUUGAUGACAAUUAUUAAAAUAUUUCUGCAA